AUGUCAUCAAAGUUGGAUCCAUCAUCCGCAGAUCAUACAGCAUCCGAAAGCUUGCUAGCAAGUAUCCUCGUGGCUCGGUUUUUACGGUCGAAUAACUAUCAUGAGACUCUAGAGACGUUCAUUCGUGAGGCGGGUCUGCCAUCAGAUGCUGGGUUUGUCAACCGGAAAAGUUCAGAUGAAGCCGACGGCGUGGAUAAGUGGACAUUAGAAAGCAUUAUUCAGGAAAAGAAGAAGUUCGACCGGACCUUGUCAUUUGAGCGCUAUGGUGACUCGCAAGCCAAGGACGAAUGGAGUGUGCCGGCUGAAUCAGUUGUCGGGCUGACGGACUCGCCCAUUCUGUCUUAUACUAGUAUUCGAGGACAAUACCAGCUAUUAACGACCAUGUCCGGCCAGCUGCUUCUCGUCAGUGGCAAGGAAGUUAUAGACCGAAGGAAAGACCACACAAAAUAUGUGGUCAAAGUUCUUGCAUAUGAGGAUAAUGACGAGCACAUCUGGAUAGCCACAGCGGGGUGGGAUAUGCAAGUUCUGAUAUAUCGUUUGGAUACAGCUUCAUCCUCGAACACAAGGCUCAAAAUCGGCGAGCCAGUGGGUUUUAUUAAAGUACCAUCGAAUCCUGAGUCGAUUCUUCUUGUGAAACAUCCGGAAACUCAGGACUUGAUGCUCAUUCUCUCACGGCGGGAUUCAACAUAUCUUUAUUAUUACAAUAUUGAGCCAUUACGGUUAGCCGACACUCAGCAGACAUGCGAAGAGACCGGCAAACAAAAUCUGGCGCCCAGCUCCAACGCAUGGAUAGCAUUCUCACCGUCCUGUAUUGCCCAAAAUCCUCGCGAUCCUGGUGUGGUUGCAGUGGCGCUAUCAACGUUGCCGCAUAUGAAAGUGAUGGUUGUCCGUUUGUUGUUUCCAGCCAACACCAAAGUUGAAGAUGGCGAUAGUAUCACAGUAACGCAACUCAGCCAGUCAAUAGCUGCACUGUCACUUCAAAACCGCGAAGAUGCCGCCAUUAUAAUUCAAGCAAAUACAUUUGCGCCGCAGACUGCAUAUUCGACUCCGCAGGUUGUAUGGCGGCCGGAUGGAUCUGGCGUCUGGGUUAAUGGAGAUGAUGGCGUUAUCCGGGGGAUUGAAAGCAAAACAGGAAAACUGGUGACAAUGCUGAAAAAUGGACAUGAGGCUGGUAGCAAAGUGAGAAGUAUAUGGGCAGGUUGGGUUGAGGGGAAGAGUUCAACUGAAGAGUGGGUUGUUAGUGGAGGGKUUGAUAAGAGGUUGAUUGUUUGGAAGUGUGAGAAUUCAGAAGAUUAG